CUAUUCAACGUAUUGUUUCGCAGAUGUGGGGAGCACACUCCUGUCUGUGGCGAAAGGGCGGAGGUGGUCUAAAGGCGAGAAAGAGAGAGAUGAGGAGAAAUAUGUCGGUGUGAGGACGUUUCUUUGUGUCCACGACAGCGAAACUCAUAUCGCCAGGUGUGUCUCCAUAGCCACCUACUAGGCUACUUCUCACCGUUACCACCACUGUCGAGGUAGCCAUGGCGACCAGCGCCCUGCCAAGUGACAACCUGCCAACGUACAAGCUGGUGGUGGUGGGGGAUGGUGGUGUUGGGAAGAGUGCCCUCACCAUCCAAUUUUUCCAGAAGAUCUUUGUGCCAGACUAUGAUCCUACGAUAGAGGACUCGUAUCUUAAACACACGGAGAUAGACGGACAGUGGGCAAUACUGGAUGUGCUGGACACAGCCGGCCAGGAGGAGUUCAGUGCGAUGAGGGAGCAGUAUAUGAGGACAGGAGAUGGCUUCCUUAUCGUCUUCUCUGUGACCGACAAAGCCAGCUUUGAACAUGUCGACCGAUUCCAUCAGCUCAUACUACGGGUCAAAGACAGGGAGGCCUUCCCCAUGGUGCUGGUGGCAAACAAAGUGGACUUGGUCCAUCUGAGAAAGGUCACCGCUGACCAGGGCCAAGAGAUGGCUGCAAAACAUAAUAUAACUUAUAUUGAAACCAGUGCCAAGGAUCCUCCAAUGAAUGUGGACAAAGCCUUUCACGAGCUGGUUCGUGUUAUAAGACAACAGGUGCCAGAACGAAACCAGAAGAAGAAAAAGAAGAUGAAAUGGAGAGCAGAACGUUCAGCGGGUUCCCACAGGUUCCACUGCGCCAUAUUGUGACCUCCCUCGUCCUGUCUUAUCAUUCGUGAACAUACACAUAUACACACCCACAUACCUUUUUGGAUGUCAGGGAACUCCCCAGCAGCUGUUAACUACUGGAGCACAAAAGGGAGGGGAGGGGGGGCGGGGGGUUGACCAUGAAUUACUGGAUGGAUCCAGGGGGGCGGAAGGCAAAGUGAAUCUGACUGAUGUCCCCUCACCCUUCACAAAGCCUUGGAAUGAGUAAUGUGCUCCCUCUCCUCAUCUUAUGGUCCCUUUCAAAGGUCUAUAGAUCCCUCCCAUCUCUUUUCAAAACAGAACUACCGUGUCGCUGAACUGUUUCUCAGUUAAGUGUCAUUUUUUUUUAAUGUCAUUUCAAGCGUGGCACUAGAUGACAGACUCUGGGGGGGGGGGGAGCCAGAGCUCAGAAUCACCUUGAUAUUUGGAUGGAACUUUUGUCUUCUUGCAAAAGGAAGGACAAAGGGAGGACGUUUCUCAUGGAGUAACUGCCAUAAACCUGCUGGUCAUCACCUUUCUGUCCUCACACUCCCACAACUUUUCUGGAAGAAAAGCACCCGUAUAGAGUGGACAUCAUAAGGGCAUGGCAGAUGAAUGUGAGAGUUGUGAUUAAUGAUUCUUUUUUUUUUUUUUGGUAUAGUGGAAAUAGAAGUUGCGUGGUGUUGUCGAUGAGUGAACUGCGAGUUCUGUGAGUGUAGCGUGAACUUUGUGGUGUUGUAAUGCCGUGUUUUUUUUUGAAAUGUCAGUUCAGAGAGGACAGAAGGACGUGUCGUAGCAUGCGAGAGAAAGAGAAGUGAUGGGAUGCUGAGAAAAUGUGUCAUAUCGGUUGACAGGUGAGCGCUAUGGUCAUAUCAGCUUGUUGAAUACGUGUUUUAAAUAUUAUAAUUGUAAAGGAGAGUAAGGUCGGUCGGUGUAUGUGGUUACACUUUAAUGUAAACAUAACAGGGUUUAUUCCAACACUGAUGUGUCAGCGGCCAUGUUUUUUUUAUUAUUAUUUUUUUUAUAAAAGGAUCAUUUUCCCACCAUAAAGACACAGUAUAUCAGUGCCACUUUGCAUCAAUAAUUUAGUUUUUUUAGGUUGCCUCUUUGUCACUGUCAAUGGCAUGAUGGGUGCAGUCUUCAUCAGUACUGUAUGGACAAUAGCCCUGAUAUUUCCUUUGUCUUUUUUAGUCUUAACAGAUUGUCUUCAAAAACAAGUUACGUUCCAUGUUUUUGUAUCUAAAAACAAAAUAUAGAAAAUUACAAUUAUAUUUGUGAUAUAUAAAAAAAAAAAAUCUAAUUAUGCGUGGCAAUGUUAAACAAAUUCAAUGCUGUUUUACAAAAGGAUCUGUAGGAAAUAAUGAAUGAAAUAGAAUAGACAAGGGAUAAUGAGCGCUUCAUGUCUUCAGAUCUGAAGCAGCCUGGAGAAGCUGAUUUGCACUGGCCACUAACCAAAAUAAUGUGAUGUCACUUUAUUUUAAAUCUAGGGGCUUUUUCAGACCGCAGCGCUGAAUUCAGGAUAAUUGAAUCGUGCUCCGUAGAGGAGAACACUCCUUUUAGUUUGGGGAUACAUACUGUAACCGUGGGAAUACAUCCGAGUUAGCAUGCCUGUCUGAAGCAGGCAGUGGGAUGCUCCUAGGGCUUAAAGCCAUGUCAACUUAGCUACAGACUAAGUUUAGUUGGAGGAAAACCACACACUCGAAGCAACAACACAUUCAGUAUAUUCAUGUCUGUAGUCGUGAGGUGGAUAGGAAUGUACAAUUUAAUAAUAACCUAUGAAAUGGCUUGUACUGUUAACGCACUAAAGCUUCGGUGGACAACUUUGUUUUGUCUGGGUGAAUACCGUCUCUUGGAGGAAUACAUUUUUGCACUUUUAAUACAAUUUCUCACUUUC